GGAGCCCCAGGGGCCCCAAAGCUCGGCUCCCCACCCUGAAGAGAAGCGGAGCCUCUGAAAAACACACACAGGAGGCCGUUUGGAAGCGACAGGACAUUUUAUGAGUGUUUAAUAAGGACUCGGAUGGGAGUGAAGAGUGGCUGGAAACUCGCGUGGACGCGGAAAAGUUGAGUGAAGUUGAGCCGCGCGCGCAGAGCAGAGCAGCGCGCGACACCGCGCACACUUACUUGCGGUGCACCGGGCGGGCGAUCCGCGGCGCUUCCUGCUGCUGCCGCCGGCGAGAUGCUGCGCUUCUAACAGCGUUCGGCUUCGAGGAGCGCGGACCUGAACAUCAGACCGGGAUGGAAGAGAAGAAGGAGUGCAGGGAGUCGGAGCCCGGGGUCCAGACGGAAAGCCUCUCAUUGAUCCUCCGCGGUGAGAGAGAGGAGGCCAGUCCCACUUCCGGCGCCUCGGCGCGGCUCGCAGCAGGUGAAGAUGACAUGACUAAUGGUCACGUUAAAGAUGACCAUCAGACUGGUCUGAUCACUCAUGUGGACUCAUCAGGGACGAGCUACUGGAGCAUUUUGGAGAGCCCUGAAUCGCCCUUCCUCCUGUCCCCUGUUCCAGGGCCAUCGAGACACAAAACAUCUCCGGUUAAAUCAGGGCGGGCAUCUCGGACUGGCCACAGCCGUAUCCCUGGUCGAGAUCACCGCCGCUACUACCACGAACACUGGAGAACCGAGUACCUGAUGGACUUUGACCCCAAGAGAAAUGGGAUGAUCUGCAUGGUAUGCGGCAGUUCCUUAGCCACUCUAAAGCUGAGCACCAUUAAGAGACAUAUCAGGCAGAAGCAUCCCGAUUCCUUGCUGUGGAGCGCGUCCGAUAAGGAGGUGAUCCGGUCAGGCUGGGAGAACCAUCUGAAUCUAGAGACUAGUCAGACAUCCUGUCCAGAUUCAGCCAUCGCUUCAGAGCCGGAGGAGACACUAGAAUGCACCAGUCCUUCUACAGACAAGCCUGGCAGUGCUGUGAUAGUUAAAACCGAGUCUCAGUCUGAGCCCAGUAUGGUGAGCUCCUCAUCGGCUCAGGAGACUCAGAGUGUGCCGACUGAGAUGCUAGAGCGCUACGUGAACGACUCACUGCACGCCUGGUUUCGCCAGGAGUUCCUAAUGGAGUACCAGGCAGAGGCAGGCAGGCUGGUGUGCAUGGUGUGCAGCUGUCGCUUGCCCUCACUUCAUCUUGACCAUAUCAAGAGGCAUGUCCUGGAGCAACAUCCCAACUCAUUGGUGUACAGCGCAGAGGAGAAACAUCGCAUCCUGCAGAGCUGGGCCCAAAGCCAGGACUCUGUCAAGUCAGAGCCAGACACCAAAGAUCUGAGCGUGAACUCUCCAGCACAGCAGCCUGACUCUCUCCAGCACAAUACAGAGCCACAUGGACAGUCUAGAAGGGAAUCAGCCGCCCCUUCUCACCUCACCACCAGGUUAAAAAACAGCUGCCCAUGGCAUCUACGGCUGGAUUAUUUGGUUGCUAUCGGGCCUCCGGGCAUGCCAGGCUGCUACUGCAUGGUAUGUUCUGAGGAGCUGCCAGUGGUGAGAGUCAGCAGCUUUCGAAGGCACAUACAGGACUGCCACCCUGAGACCAGCAAUCUCAGCCAAAGAGAGAGAGAAGAUAUAGCCAGUGCCUGGACCGAGGAUGGGGCCGUGGAGGAGCCGGAAACGCACUCGGAGCAGGCUGCCCCCAGUGACACACUUGUUGAAAACAAGACGCCGUCCAUAAAACCAUCUACCAAGCAAAGUGGCAUCAAGAAGGAAGAUGGGGAGAAGUCGAAGAUCAUGUCAGCACCCAUUAUUGGGCGACACAGCCACUACCCAGGCAAGGACCAGCGGCGUAACUACCAGGUGCGCUGGCGCAUGGAGUACCUGAUGGACUACGACUGCAGGAGGCAUGGGCUGAUCUGCAUGGUGUGCGGUGCCACGCUAGCGACUCUGAAGGUGAGCACGAUCAAGAGGCACAUCCAGCAAGUCCACCCUCACUCACUGAACUACAGUCCCGAGGAGAAGCAGCAAGCAGUGCAGAGCUACAGCCAAGCAACGCAACAUUUCGUUCACUCAGACUACUGCUUCUCAGGCUCGGAUCACAGUCACGUAGCACAGACCAACACUAAUGCUCAGAUCGACCAGGUUUAAUGAACAGUGGGGGUCGUGGCAUGCUUUCUUGCACUCAGGAAGAAGAUUGCUGGAACAAGCCAAAAAAAUAUGAUCUCCACAGCUUUUUAGUUGCCAUUGGAAGCUUGAUACAAUUCUUUGUGCACUUUUUGUUUGUUUGAUUUCACAACAUGGUUUCUGUUGUUAAGCAGUGAUCUGUUUGGAGCUGGAGAAAUGUAAAGUUGUUCCCUAAAGAGGAAUGAUGUCACUGGUUUAUGUAAGAAUGAAGGACCUCCCCAGCACCUUUUUAUGCAUCCGUAUUUGUACAGUGCAGUCGUUGGUGAGAUUUAUUGAUUGCUGCAGAUUGCAGGGUUUAAAGUAGCAGAGGGAUUGUUUUGCAUGGGGUCAGCAAUGCAGUGAGUGGGUCGCACGUUCAGCACUUAAUAAAGCACUUGGUAUGGGGGAGGGCGAAGGGAACCGUUACGAAACAUGACUUCUCGAGCAGCACCUUGGAAAAGCACACACUUGUGUGUCGAGUGAACAGUUCCUGUGUUUCAAAGAUUCCCCCUCCCAAUCAUUAAUGAAUAUCACACAUGAGAAAAUUGUUACCUACUGGUAGAGUACUAGUCAUUGAUUGGGUGUGUGUGUGUGGUUUUUGUUUCCCCCCAAAAGAUCAUUGAAUCAUAUUUCAAGCCCAUGUCUCAGGGAGUGUGUGUGUGUAAUCUGGGCUUGUUAUCCAUCCUGUAGAUUCAUUUUUUUCCUCUUUUUUUUGUGACUUGACCACUCCCUAUAGUCUAAAGUGAUGCAAUUAAAUUCUUUACAAACUGCAUGAAAA